UUGACCGUCCGAUGAGACUCUUAUCCUUAAUUACUCUGCUCUGAAAGUAAAGCAUAAGAAAAAAAGAAGAUCCUCAGUCUCUCUCUCUCUCUCUCAAUCUCUCUCUCUGGAAACGAGUCCAAGGCAGGGCCUUUUUCUCUGUGGCACCCAGAAAACCUGGGUUUUGAAGAUUUGGGAUGGAAAAUGGUGAUGGGAUUUUAGGUGGGUCUCAGACGGUGGGUGAGAAUAAGGCUGAGGUUGUUGAGGAGAGGGUUGUAGAGGAUUCUAAUGGAGUCAAGGAUGAUGUGGAGGAAGAGGUUUUUGAGGAGGCGAUAGAGACCGGGACUGUUGGCGACAGUCCUCGUGCGGAGGAUUUUGAAGAGGCGAUUGAGGUUCUGGAUGAGGCUGAGAAGAGCAAGGAGGAGGAGGAGGAUGUGGAGAACGGUGGGGAGGAAGUAGAAAAAUCGGUGGGUGGGGAUAGGGUUGAUGGGUUUGUGGGGACCGGUAGUGUUGAUGUGGAAGAGACUAGUGCGUCAAAGGGAUUGGCAGAUGAAGAGAUGGUGGGUAGCCUAGAAGAUGCGGUAAAAGAUGUCUCGGAGGUUGGUGCUGAUGGACAAGUAGCAGUUUCGACAGGUGGGGAUGAGGCUGACCAUGUGAAGUGUGAGAAUCACGAUUCUAAAUCAAAUGGAUUGACGAAUGACGGGUUGUUGGAUGCAGCAAAUGAGGUUUCAGGGAUUGGUGCGGGUGGAGAAAUGCCAAUUUUGACUGAUGUGGACAAGGCUGAUGGGAAGCCCGUUGAGGUUGCUGAGAAUGAGAAGUCUGAGAAGGGCGACCAGGAUAACUUAGUUUUGGAAGUAGUGGCCACGGAUGAAAAAUUGGAGAACGAAGGUGCUAAUCUUGAUUCUGCUCCUGCAACUGAAUUUAAUACGGAAAAUUUGAAGGAAGCUGGAAAUGGUGAGGAAAUAAAGGAGAAUAUCUUGAGUACAGAGAAUCUGGAUGAUAAGACUGUGGAUGUGGUAGAUACUUCUGUUGGUGUUACUUUGAAGCUUGAAGAUGAUAAGGGUGUGGAAUUGCAAGAGAGAAAUAUGGAUCCAGAGCAUACAGAAUGUGAGAGUACUGACUCAAAUAAUGCUAUAUUUGUCACUGAAGCAAGGCAAGUGGAUAAUAAAGUUGAAGAACUGAGAGCUACUAUGACUUGUACGGAUGCAGGAGAUCAAGAUUCAAUGAAAGUGAAAAGUGUUUCUUCUGGGCUUGGUUUGGAGCAUGAUGUGGAAACAUCUGAACUUAGAGGCAUUUCAUCUGAACAACAGUUGUCAGGGGUAGAAAGUCCUGUAGCAUCUGAAAUGGCAGGCUCAGCUGUUUCUAAAAGUUCUGCACCUGAGGACACAGAGAAGAUUCAGGUUGGUAGCACUGUUUUGAGAUCAGAGAAUAUCAAAGACGAUGAACCUCAGCCAGCUGAUGAGGUUGCUCAUGUAGUUUGCAACAAUGGUGCUGUGCCUGAGGAGCCUGAAAAGAAAGAAAACAAUCAUGUAGAGAAGAGUAGCAACAGAAUGAAUAGAGUGCAGGAGGUCCAGCAUGCACCAGCUCAUGGUAGCUCUGGAAAUUCUACAAAUCCAACUCCCCUUCCCGCUCGUCCAGCUGGCCUUGGGCGUGCCGCCCCCCUUUUGGAACAUGCACCUAGGGCGGUACAGCAGCCUCGGGUAAAUGGUACCGUAUCUCAUGUGCAAAACCAGCAAAUUGAGGAUCCUGUUAAUGGAGAGGCAGAGGAGUCGGAUGAGACUCGUGAAAAGCUUCAGAUGAUCAGAGUAAAAUUUUUGCGGCUUUCGCAUAGGCUUGGGCAGACUCCACAUAAUGUUGUUGUGGCCCAGGUCUUGUACAGACUGGGGUUAGCUGAGCAGCUGCAUGGGAGAAGUGGGGGUCGUGUUGGUGCCUUUAGUUUCGACCGUGCGAGUGCUAUGGCGGAGCAGCUAGAGGCAUCUGGGAAUGAACCCCUUGAUUUCUCUUGUACAAUUAUGGUUCUUGGAAAGUCAGGAGUUGGUAAAAGUGCCACCAUCAAUUCUAUAUUUGAUGAAGUGAAGUUCAAUACUGAUGCUUUUCAUGGGACAAAGAAGGUUCAGGAUGUCGUGGGUACUGUGCAGGGGAUUAAGGUAAGAGUCAUCGACACACCUGGGCUUCUGCCUUCCUGGUCGGACCAGCGUCAGAAUGAGAAGAUUCUGCUCGCUGCUAAGCGCUUUAUCAAGAAAACACCUCCAGAUAUUGUUUUGUAUCUUGAUAGGUUGGACAUGCAGAGCAGGGAUUUCAGUGACAUGCCACUCUUGCGCACAAUCACAGAGAUUUUUGGGGCGACUAUAUGGUUCAAUGCAAUUGUGGUUCUGACUCAUGCUGCAUCAGCUCCGCCCGAGGGCCCAAAUGGCGCUGCUUCUAGUUAUGACAUGUUCGUCACUCAACGAUCUCAUGUUGUCCAGCAAGCCAUUCGUCAGGCGGCUGGGGAUAUGCGCCUUAUGAAUCCUGUUUCCUUAGUAGAGAACCACUCUGCUUGCAGGACCAAUCGGGCUGGCCAGAGAGUCUUGCCAAAUGGUCAGGUUUGGAAGCCUCAUUUGUUAUUGCUCUCUUUUGCAUCCAAGAUCCUUGCUGAAGCUAAUGCACUAUUGAAGUUGCAAGACAGUCCUCCUGGAAGACCUUUUGCACCUCGAUCUAGGCCACCUCCAUUACCUUUCCUUCUUUCCUCCCUCCUUCAGUCAAAACCGCAGUUGAAGCUGCCUGAGGAUCAAUUUGGUGAUGAUGAUGAUGGCGUAGAUGAUGAUCUGGAUGAGUCUUCAGAUUCUGAAGAUGAAUCAGAAUUUGAUGAAUUACCACCAUUCAAACGUUUGACUAAGGCCCAGGUGGAGAAACUCUCUAAAGCUCAGAAAAAGGCAUAUUUUGAUGAGUUGGAGUAUAGAGAAAAGCUUUUUAUGAAGAAACAGUUGAAGGACGAGAAAAAGCGACGAAAGUUGAUGAAAAAAAUGGCAGCUGCAGCAAAGGAUCUGCCAAGUGAUUAUGGUGAAACUGUAGAGGAAGAAAGUGCAAGUGCAGCAUCUGUACCCGUUCCUAUGCCAGAUUUGCCCUUGCCUGCUUCCUUUGAUUCUGAUAAUCCCACUCAUCGUUAUCGAUAUCUAGAUUCUUCCAACCAGUGGCUUGUAAGACCUGUUCUAGAAACUCAUGGUUGGGAUCAUGACGUUGGUUAUGAGGGCAUAAAUGCAGAAAGAUUGUUUGUCUUAAAUGGCAAAAUACCCUUAUCAUUUUCUGGCCAGGUCACCAAAGAUAAGAAGGAUGCCAAUGUCCAAAUGGAACUAGCUAGUUCAGUAAAGCAUGGGGAAGGGAAGGCAAGUUCGGUAGGACUUGAAAUGCAGACUGUUGGAAAGGACUUGGCUUAUACUCUACGAGGCGACACUAGGUUCAGUAAUUUUAGGACGAAUAAAGCAAGUGCUGGUGUCUCGGUCACCCUCUUGGGUGAUGCUCUAUCAGCUGGGUUGAAAAUUGAAGACAAAUUUAUUCCUCAUAAACGGUUCCGGUUGGUUAUGACGGGUGGUGCAAUGACUGCUCGUGGGGACAUUGCUUAUGGUGGUAGUUUGGAGGCUCAGUUAAGAGACAAAGAUCAUCCGCUGGGUCGUUCACUAUCAACUUUUGGGCUCUCUGUGAUGGAUUGGCAUGGAGAUCUUGCUAUUGGAGGUAAUAUACAGACUCAGAUUCCAGUUGGUCGACAUACAAACCUUAUAGGUCGUGCCAAUUUAAAUAAUAGGGGAGCAGGACAACUGAGCAUCCGCUUAAAUAGUUCAGAACAGCUUCAAAUAGCUUUGAUUGGUCUCAUUCCGCUGCUUAGAAAGUUGUUCAUUUACCCUGAAUAGUUGCAGUAGGGACAAUGAUGAAAAUUAGAUCAAUAAUUGUGAAGCAGCAGCCUUGCGGAAAUAGGUCGUCAGCAAGAUUGAGCGAGGAGGUCCUAAUGUGAUGGUUCACCACAAGUGAGUGAUAAUAUGCUGUUGGUUUCUAUCCAUAUGAAUCUGGAAGUGUUUCUAUUGAUCAUAGUGAGAUUUUUGAGCUUCUUAAUUAGAUACUGGCAGUUGGUAUAUUUUUGUUCUUGUUAAGGUACUGGACCCAAUGUUGCUUAUUGAAUCUGGCCUGUCUUUAUUCUCUGUAUGGGUGUGAAAAUUCGUUUAUAUAGGCAAAAUAGAAUCAGGCAUCUCUUCCAUUCUCUUUGCA